ACAGGGGGCUGGGUUUAAACGCGCUGCUACUGUAACGCUGCUGGGCUUCGAUGCCUGUGCCAGUCUCGCGUAAAACCUUCACAGUAGAGCAAUGAGCGCGUGCAUGACGGUCUAACGGAGAGCUGCUGAUGAAAAGGCGUGAUGUCAAGCCGCUGUCAGUGUCAGAGGACUGGGGGAAUGUGCCGUGCACUUGGCAUAUGCGCUUGUGAAUGACCAUCCUCCGGCAUCAACAGACGAAGCGUUGAAUUUUGCUGCAUAGAUCAGUUACCUGAAGCCGCGCGGCGACUGUUCAUUCAUCGUCUCGCAUGCAAGAAAUCUUCGAGGAAUUGUGAGAAUUGUUUUUUUGAAGGUGCUACCUUUGAGGCUUCGGCGUUCGUUCGGAUGUGGAUCUAUCUGUCAAAACUGAGCUGAACGCAGAGACAUCUUUAAACUGAACAUUAGACACCAUCCUCAGCUUUCUUCUGGAUUGUAGAAAAAUGUGAAGACCCUGGUGAGGCGCUGGACCAUAGAGUUAGCCUUUAGACUACAAGGACGAAGGUUAAGCCUUCUGAUACUUCUUUAAACUCUUCAUUUUCUAACCUGUCGGGUCCCUCGGGCCAUGGAGGGACAGCAGGAUUCAAAGAGGACUUUGAAGCAAAGCCCUGGAUGUGGUUCCAAAUGGUCCUUUACGUGCUGGUUGUUAAUCUUAAUCUUGCCUGUAGUGUCCUGUGAACAGUCCUUUACAACGUUUCACCCUGAGCGACGAGAAUGGGCCUUCAACCAUAUGACAGUUCACAAGACGACAGGCGCACUCUACAUUGGUGCUGUCAACCGCGUCUACAAGUUAUCAGGCAACCUGACACUCCUAGUAUCCCAUGGUACUGGUCCAGAAGAUGACAACAAGGCCUGCUACCCUCCACUUAUCGUUCAGCCUUGCACUGAACCUCUGGUUUCUACCAACAACAUCAACAAACUCUUACUCAUCGACUACUCUCAGAACCGACUACUUGCCUGUGGAAGCCUCUACCAAGGUGUCUGCAAACUGCUACGGUUGGACGACCUCUUCAUCCUGGUGGAGCCCUCUCAUAAAAAGGAGCACUACCUCUCCAGUGUCAACCAGACGGGCACCAUGUAUGGAGUCAUCGUGCCCUCACAGGGCAAGGAUGGGACCCUCUUCAUUGGUACAGCUGUGGAUGGGAAGCAAGACUACUUUCCAACCAUCUCAAGUCGGAAGCUUCCUCGUGACCCCGAGUCUUCAGCUAUGCUGGACUACGAGCUACACACUGACUUUGUUUCAUCACUCAUCAAGAUUCCCUCCGACACCUUGGCAUUGGUCUCUCAUUUCGACAUCUACUACAUCUAUGGUUUUGCCAGUGGCAAUUUCGUCUACUUCCUGACCGUGCAACCAGAGACGCCUGAGAACAGCAUGUCUUCCAGCGGGCCCUCAAAUGACCUAUUUUAUACCUCGCGAAUCGUCCGACUCUGCAAAGAUGACCACAAAUUCCACUCCUAUGUGUCAUUGCCUAUUGGUUGUGUCCGGAACAGAAUUGAGUACCGCCUUCUACAAGCAGCCUACCUGGGCAAGCCUGGACGAGUGCUUGCAGCAUCCCUCAACAUUAGCGCUCAAGACGAUGUGCUCUUUGCUGUCUUUUCCAAAGGUCAAAAACAGUACCACCAUCCACCUGAUGACUCUGCCCUCUGCGUCUUCAGCAUCCGGGACAUCAAUGCACGGAUCAAGGAACGUAUGCAGUCCUGCUAUCAGGGAGAGGGGAACUUGGAGCUCAACUGGCUGUUGGGAAAGGAUGUACCUUGUACCAAAGCGCCUGUCCCAAUUGAUGACUCCUUCUGCGGUUUGGACAUCAACCAGCCCCUUGGCGGCUCUCAGCUGGUGACCGGACACACGCUUUAUACGGAAAGCCAUGAUCGCAUGACCUCGGUGACCUCCUACGUCUAUAAUGGCUACUGUGUGGCUUUCGUCGGCACAAAGAGUGGACGGCUGAAGAAGAUUCGUGUUGACGGUCCUCCUCAAGGUGGCGUCCAGUAUGAAACUCUGCCAGUCAUCAAAGACGGAAGCCCUAUUCUCAGAGACAUGGCCUUUUCCCUAGACAACAGCUUCAUCUACGUCAUGUCGGAGAGACAGGUCACGCGGGUGCCGAUCGAGUCCUGUGAGCAGUAUGGCACGUGUGGAGAGUGUCUGAGCUCCGGAGAUCCACACUGUGGCUGGUGUGUGCUGCAUAACGUAUGUUCUCAAAGGGACCGUUGCGAGCGGGCAAACGAGCCGUACCGUUUCGCCGCCACACUGAACCAGUGUGUGAAAGCCACAGUGUACCCGGACAGCAUCGCCGUGUCUGAACCCAGCGUACCGCUGCUGGUGAAAGUGACAGAUGUUCCGGAUCUUUCUGCUGGAAUCACAUGCUCCUUCGGGAACCUGACGGAGGUUGAGGGCAGAGUGGAUGGGAAUCAGAUUCUCUGCACUUCUCCUGCUGCUAAAGAUGUUCCCAUCAUCCCCACAGAUCAAGACUGGUCGGGUGUCGAGCUCAGACUGAACUCGAAGGAAACGGGUCAGAUGCUAAUUAGCACAGAGGUGAAGUUCUACAACUGCAGCGUGCACCAGCUGUGUCUUUCCUGUGUGACCAGUUCCUUCCGCUGCCACUGGUGCAAGUACAGAAACCUCUGCACCCACGACCCCUCCAGCUGCUCUUUCCAGGAGGGACGCGUCAACGCUUCAGAGGACUGUCCUCAACUGGUCCGCUCUGAGGAGAUCCUGAUACCGGCAGGGGAGGUGAAGCCCAUCACACUGAAAGCCCGGAACCUUCCACAACCUCAGUCGGGUCAGCGCGGCUACGAGUGUGUUUUACACAUACAAGGAGUCAGUCACAGAGUCACGGCGCUCAGAUUCAACAGCUCCAGUGUGCAGUGCCAGAACAGCUCGUAUCUGUAUGAAGGGAUGAGAAUCAGUGAGCUGCCGGUGGAUUUCUCAGUGGUGUGGAAUGGAAACUUCAUCAUUGACAAUCCUGAGAACAUCAAAGUGCACCUGUACAAGUGUGGCGCUCAGAGGGACAGCUGCGGCGUGUGUUUGAAGGCUGAGAGGAAGUUUCAGUGUGGUUGGUGCAGUAUGGAGGGCCGCUGUUCCCUACGCCAGCACUGUCCCAUGUCCAACCCCUACACCAGUCGCUGGCUUCACCUCGCCAGCACAAACGUCAAGUGCACCAACCCUCGAAUCACUGAGGUGACCCCAGUGGCCGGACCACCAGAAGGGGGCACCAGAGUGACCAUCCGUGGUGUGAACCUGGGCUUGUCCUUCUCAGACAUGGUCAACAAUGUUCAGGUAGCAGGAGUCCAGUGCACCCCACAGGAGAACGGCUACAUCAUCGCUGAACAGAUUGUAUGUGAGAUGGAUCCAGCUCCCACUGACAGUAAACCCGGCCCGGUUCAUUUGUGUGUAGGGGAGUGUAAGCCAGAGCUCCAGACGCGCUCUUCUCAACUCUAUUCCUUUGUGAUGCCAUCGGUCACAGGAUUGUCCCCCAGUCGGGGUCCAGAGUCUGGAGGAACUAAAGUGACCAUAAUGGGGGAAAACCUGGGAGCAGGCAGCAGCGUCAGUGUGCUUUUUGGGAACCAAACCUGCGAGUUUUAUGAACGGACUAUGACAGAGAUCGUGUGUUACUCUGCCCCUUCUCUGACGGGUGUGGGGCCGGUUCAGAUCAGCGUGAGCGUGGAUCGUGCACAGGUCCGAGAGAGCCUGACUUUUGAGUAUAUAGACGACCCCACUGUUCAACGCAUCGAACCGGAAUGGAGCAUUGCGAGCGGACACACGCCUCUGGUGGUGACUGGGACUAACUUGGAUGUCAUACAGGAGCCGAGGAUUCGGAUCAAGUACGGCGGGCGAGAAUCUGUAAACCUCCGUUGUUGUCUAACAAAAGGAAACGCAUCUGCAGUCUUUUCAGUGUGUAAGGUUCUGAACAUCACGACUAUGAGCUGUUUGGCUCCCUCGCUGACAGCCGAGUAUAGGCCAGGUUUGGAUUCAGUCAAGCACGCAGACGAGUUUGGCUUCAUCUUCAAUAAUGUGCAAGCUCUUCUAGUGUACAACAACACUAACUUCAUGUACUACCCAAACCCUUACUUUGAGCCUCUCAGCACCAAUGGCAUCCUGGAACAGAAACCUGGCUCACCUAUCAUUUUAAAGGGUAAAAAUCUGGUUCCUUCGGCCUCUGGAGGAGUGAAGCUUAAUUACACUGUUCUGAUAGGAGAGACUCCCUGUUCAGUCACUGUAUCCGAGUCUCAACUGCUGUGCGAACCACCAAAUCUCACCGGCCAGUACAAAAUCAUGGUGCAGGUCGGUGGUCUGCAUGUGUCCCCCGGCUCAGUAAACAUUCUCUCUGACAGCCUCCUGACUCUUCCUGCCAUUGUCAGCAUCGCUGCCGGUGGCGGCCUCCUUCUCAUCAUCGUCAUCCUUGUGCUUAUUGCCUACAAGCGUAAAUCCCGCGAGAACGACCUCACACUCAAACGACUCCAGAUGCAAAUGGACAACCUGGAGUCCAGGGUCGCUCUGGAGUGCAAAGAAGCUUUUGCAGAACUGCAGACAGAUAUUAAUGAGUUGACGAGUGAUCUGGACCGGGCCGGAAUUCCCUAUCUGGAUUACCGCACAUAUGCCAUGAGAGUGUUAUUCCCCGGCAUCGAGGACCAUCCUGUGCUCAGAGAGCUGGAGGUCUCUGGUAAUGGGCAGCUGUGCGUUGAAAAAGCUCUGAAGCUGUUUGCCCAGCUGAUAAACAACAAGGUGUUUUUGUUGACGUUCAUCCGUACGCUGGAAAUGCAGCGCUCUUUCUCCAUGCGUGACCGCGGCAAUGUGGCGUCGCUAAUAAUGACAGCUCUCCAGGGUCGACUGGAAUACGCCACGGAUGUGCUCAAACACCUGCUGUCCGACCUCAUCGACAAGAACCUGGAGAGCAAGAACCAUCCCAAACUACUGCUCAGGAGGACAGAGUCUGUUGCUGAGAAGAUGCUAACCAACUGGUUUGCUUUCCUGCUUCAUAAGUUCUUGAAGGAGUGUGCAGGUGAGCCUCUCUUCAUGCUGUACUGUGCUAUAAAACAGCAGAUGGAAAAAGGCCCAAUAGACGCCAUCACUGGAGAAGCCCGAUACUCCCUUAGUGAGGACAAACUCAUCCGGCAACAGAUUGACUACAAGACACUGAUCUUAAACUGCGUCAACCCAGAGAACGAGAACAGCCCAGAGAUCCCGGUCAAGGUUCUGAACUGCGACACCAUCACGCAGGUCAAAGAAAAGAUUCUGGAUGCCGUGUAUAAGAACAUGCCGUAUUCACAGAGACCCAAAGCUGUGGACAUGGACCUGGAGUGGCGUCAGGGACGAAUGGCUCGAGUGGUCCUGCAGGAUGAAGACAUCACCACUAAGAUUGAAAAUGAUUGGAAGAGGCUCAACACUCUCAUGCACUAUCAGGUAUCAGACCGCUGUGUGGUUGCUUUGGUGCCCAAGCAGACGUCCUCCUACAACAUUCCACCCACAACUAGCAUCUCUCGAACUUCUAUCAGUAGAUAUGACUCGACAUUCCGGUACACAGGCAGUCCAGACAGCCUGCGCUCCCGUGCUCCUAUGAUCACCCCGGACCUGGAGAGCGGAGUCAAAGUCUGGCACCUGGUGAAGAACCAUGAGCACGGAGACCAAAAGGAGGGCGACCGUGGCAGCAAGAUGGUGUCUGAGAUCUACCUCACCCGCCUGCUAGCUACUAAGGGUACACUGCAGAAAUUCGUGGAUGACCUGUUCGAGACUCUAUUCAGUACGGUGCACAGAGGUAGCGCGCUGCCGCUAGCUAUUAAAUACAUGUUUGACUUCCUGGAUGAACAAGCGGACAAGCACAGCAUCCAUGACACUGAUGUCCGCCACACCUGGAAAAGCAACUGCCUUCCUCUGCGUUUCUGGGUGAAUGUGAUCAAGAAUCCCCAGUUUGUUUUUGACAUCCAUAAGAGCAGCAUCACAGAUGCGUGUCUGUCUGUGGUGGCUCAAACCUUCAUGGACUCGUGUUCCACAUCUGAACACAGAUUGGGCAAAGACUCGCCCUCUAACAAGCUGCUUUAUGCUAAAGAUAUCCCCAACUACAAGAACUGGGUAGAAAGGUACUAUGCUGACAUCAGCAGGCUUCCAGCCAUCUCCGAUCAGGACAUGAAUGCGUAUUUGGCGGAACAGGCACGACUGCACUCCAAUGAGUUUAACAUGCUCAGUGCCCUCAACGAGAUUUACUCCUACAUUAGCAAGUACAGCGAAGAGAUCACUGCUGCACUAGAACAGGACGAAACGGCGAAGAAACAGCGACUGGCCUACAAAGUGGAGCAACUCAUCGCCUCCAUGUCACUGGAGAGCUGAGAGAAACACAAAGCUGGAACGAAGACCUUCAAUCAGUCAAACCAUCAUCCAAAGCCUCUCCACACAAAAGAGAGAAACACUGGCUAGAGACUCGAAACCAACAAUAGCUUGUGCUUUUUUUCUACAAUUUUGUGAAGAGGUCACCUUUAAGACCAAUAGACAACUAUUUGAUGAAAGCAAGUCACAAGACUUUCUGAUCAGGAGUGGAAACUAAGGAGUUCUGUUUUUAGUUGUCUUUCUUUUUUUUAAGGAAAAAAAACUGUGGGACAAGCAGCUUCCUGGAACAUUUUUUGUUUACCUGGUUUUAUUUUUUGUUUGUUUUUCUUUAGUUCAUCUGGUUCAAUGUGCCUAGCACUGAUUUACGUGAUGAAUGCAAGACACCGAUACUUCCUCAACAAUGUGCUUGCUAAAACCAUUUCAGGAGGAUUAGACUGAAGGAAACGGACAUCUACUGCCUCGCCAUUACCGUCCAGUUGAUGGCUUUUACUUCCAAAUUUUAUUUUUAUACAUGAGUGCUUUUUGAGUUUGUUUCGUUGAGUCAGCUAGUAUAAUUCCUCAUUGUUGGUGUGGCAAAAGUUCCAAGUCUCUUUCUUUCCUUGGAAAGCAGUGGCUGCUACCAACACACGUGCAUGUCGACACGCUAGUACAUACUUAGACUUUUGAGUCCAACUGGCCUGAGCGACCAUAAGGCAUCGACAUUGUUUGGGAAAUAAUGAAACUCCAACAAAAAGGGGACCAAAGUUCAACCAGCAUGUCCCUAAUUCUCUUGGACUGACCAGAAGCCAGUAUCAAACUGGAUGAACUCCGCUCUACGGUCUCUCUAUGUGCAUAUGUCCUGUUUUCUACAUGUAAGCGUAUGUGAAUGUACAAACGUUACUCUAUUUUGUCUUUGCAUUUUUGUUGCUUUUCUAAAACAGGAGUCAGUUGAGCUGAUCUCCACGGCACGACGUCCUAAAGAACUGAAAAUCCCUCUCCAUAAUAGCGCUGCUGAGAUUCAGAUACGCAAGCGGCGACGAGUAGCACCUUCAGCUCAAAUCACGCGUGGAGAAACCCCACCUUCCCUUUCAAACAAACGGACUCGCUUGAGAUCAUCUUACCAGAGAGUAUUAAUUAUUAUGUAUGGUCCAAUAUGUGUGUAGUCUGCAUGCAUUAUACAGUACCUCAUAUAAAGGAAAAAAAAUAGUCUCCUUUCCCAUUUACUCCUAUGUUCAAGUGCCAAGAGGUCACAUGAGUUGUGGAUGACUCACAGGAAUGCCGAUGAUGUAAUAUACCAUGUCACUUCCUUUCUGUACACACCCGUCGGGAUUAAGUGCCAAAAGAUCACUUAUUUACGCACUUGUCGGUUGAUGCUUUAUUAAGGGAAUGGACCCUGUAUACUGUAAAAAAAAAAAUCUCUGGUUUAGAAGGUUCACUUGCAAAUUCAGGUACGAGAAGACCAUGAGCUUGGAACGGUAUUUGUAAAUAUAAAGUAUUUGUAAAAUACUUUAGGUGUCUGGGAUCUUGAUAGCUUGACUGGGUUCUUUCCAAUCUCUUUUAUUCCACCGCCUGACAUGAAGUAUGUCAACAGAACGCAUGAACAAAAGACAACAUAGCUUUCAUUUAUAAUGCAUGAUGGCAGGUAGAGCUGUUUUUGAAGAUCGUCCGAGCCAAAAUAGACAAGGUCGUUCAGGUCAGAGUAAUCUUAGGUUCACAGAGGUAUCAGGGAGAGACAACUUCUCCUCAGCUCAGUUUAUAUGGUAAAAAUGCAGUAUCGGAUGUGAAGAAAUGGAUUGAAACGGCUCAAAUGGCGCUUGUUGUUUUUUUCCCCCUGUGGCCUUAGAACAUUGAAUCUGUUGUUUCUAGUUCAUUUAAUCAGCGACGUGUCGUUUUUCUCCCUGUCUUUGUUAGCUGUGUUUGAGACUAAUCAGAUAAAUUUAGCCAACGUGAUGAUGGAGAAGGGUGGAAGAGGCAUACCCUCGCCCAGACGGGUGCUGGGUGGUGUCUGCUGGAGUGUUUGAGAAGCAUAGGAAUGAGAUGGAGAGAGAGACAGACCCCUUUAGCUUCAGAUUCCUCCUGCUGCUUUGAAGCUCGCCUUUGAUCUCAACUAGUCGUGUGCACAGUGUGAUCAGGAGAAAAAAAAAAAACACAUCAAAAAUAGGAUCCAGUGCAGGAGAUUACAAAUGAAGAGUUGCAUGAAAGAAUAGAGUUGAAUGAAUUAAUCUGUUAAAGGAAUAGUUCACCCAGAAAAUUCUGUCAGCGUUUACUCGUCCUCAUUCAAACCUUGUUUGACUAACUUUCUUUCAUGAAACACAAAGGGAGAAAUUUUGCAAGAUAUUUUGGUCGAUCUUUCACAUACAAUUGCAAUGAAUAGCAAUUGAAAAGAUCCAGGCUGCGUUUCCCAAAAGCAUUGUAAGCUUAAGUACAUCAUACACCCAUUGAAACCAAUGGAGCUACGAUCAAUUUAGGCUUACUAUGCUUUUGGAAAACACAGCCCUGAAUGAAAACAAAGAUUCAGAGCUAUUACAUUACAUAAAUUAGGCUAUAUAUUGAUUUAAGAAUGUUUAGAUGUUCUCCUGUUGUGUUCACUGGAAGAAAGUAAGCCAUUACAAUACGACAGAUUUUUUGGGGGGGGAUGAACUAUUAUAGGACAACCUAUAGUAAUUCUACUCUUCCUGAACAACUACACAUUCCUCUAAGAAACACACACUGUAUAGUCAACAUAUGUGAAUUUACAAGCCAUGUCGCAUGUUAGUGACAUUAGGGUACAUGAAAAAGCUUCCUACUUUUGGUUAUCCACAGUCUUCCCUGUUUUCCAUUCAUCAGAGCUCAUCCCAGCUCUAUAAGGGCAAGAGACCUUCCGUCGACCCCGCUGCACUUGAGCUUUUCCCAGGAUGCGGCUCAGUUCUAAUGUGAACCUUGUUUGCUGCCACAUUAGUCGAGGAGAGACUACUCUCUUGCUUCUGCAAAAAAUAAAAAUAAUAAAAAAAGAGAACAAAAUGUAUUCUGGUCCUAACAUUUUGUUUGAAAUGAUGUGGCACAGGAAAUUGCACUUUGUUGAGAGAGAUUUCAGUAGCUCAACGCUUAUUAAUGUUUAUUAGAAGACAUUUGAUCCCUCGAAAAAAAGAGAAAGUUAAUUAUAAUUUUUAUUGCGCUAUUCUGCAGAGCAGAAUAAAAUUUGACAGCACUGGGCAGCUUUCUGAAAUAUCAGCAGUCAUCUGUGGCGGUCACAACUGCUGCUAAUUUUAUAUAUUUGGCACGAAUCGACAGUCUUGGAAUCAAUUUUGUGCACUUUUUUUGUUUUUAGCUCAUGUUUUGCUCUGUGAUGGAAUAGCAUGCAACGAACAAGUGAAAUGUUCAUAUUCUCUUCAUAUUACUGAUCGUAGGAAACAAAAAUGAGAGCGAGAAAGACUUUUGUAGUCGGUUUGAUCACCUCAGAGGUGAAUAUCCUUCCAUUUUCAAUCACGCAAAAUUAUUAAACGAAUCUCUCUUUGUAGACACUGGAGUUCUGUAACAUAGUACAUAGAAAUAAUAAUGACCUCGAUGAUGAUGAUGAUGAUGAUGAUGAUAAUAAUAACACUUAUGGUUGUCUGUUCUUGUUGUUUUUUAAGUGUUGUGAAAAUUGUAAGAGAGUUAAAGUAUUUAAAAAGAAAAAAAUCGGUCUUGUUUUUUUAAUUGCUUUUGUUUUGUUAUAUUAUAUUACUGUGUACCUAUUGUAAAUAUGAAGCACACCUAUUUUGCAAGCCAAGGAUUCACUUUGUACUGUUGUUAUAUAUAAAUAAAAUUUACUGGUUAAAAA